AUGGCUCCCUACUCUCCAUCCCGCUCCAACUCCAGAUCUAAGUCCCGAUCCAGAUCGGCUUCUAGAUCACAAUCUAGAAGCCGCUCCCGUUCAAGAUCCAGGAAGCGUCGCUACAGCUCCAGGUCCCGUUCCCGCUCUCGUUCCCGCACCCCCAUGUCCUACCGAAACUAUCCCUCCCGGGACUAUCAGAACAACCGUGGCUACAACCGAGGCUACAAUCGCGGCUACCGAAGGCCCUUCCACUUCCGUGGAAGAAACCGAGGGUACUACCCGCGGGGGGGCCACUAUCAGAACCGGGGCGGCGGCGGCGGAAAUUACGGCUACAAGUCCAACUGGCAAGGCGGCGGAGGCUGGCACGACCGCAAGCGCGACCAGGACAGCCGCUCGCACAGUCCCCGGCGAGGACGCUCGCGCUCGCACUCGCCCAGCAAGCGCUCUGCCAGCCGCUCGCACUCGCGCCACUCGGACCGCUCUUCGUCUGAGCGGUCGCAGCGCUCCAGGGCCUCCAGUUCCUCCAGAUCCCGCUCGUCUACCCCUUGCCCCCGCAACAAGGGCAAACCCAGCUCCAAGAUCACCAAGGAAAAGCCGGCGGAACCGCCGGCAGAGAAGCCGGCCGAGGAAGGCGGCGCGAUCGAGAAGGCCUCGGGAGGCAAAUGGAUCGACUACGGCGGCUCGGAAACGACUCAGAAGGAGGAAGCCGCCGCCGACAGCACCCCCAAAUCGGGGCAAACGGCCUCCUUCAGCGGCUUCGGCUUCUUCUCCAAAGACGACGCCAAAUCGGGAGAAAAGACGGUGAUCUCGGCUGCCUUCAAAAAGUUCUUGGCUGAAAACAAAAGCAAAAAGCAGGCAGCCGAAAAGGAGGAAGCGGCCGAACGCGAGAAGAGCAGCGCCGAGCGAGAACAAGAGAAGGGCAUCAAAUCCGGAGACAUCUUCAGCAUCUCCGUCCCCUUCGCCGACACCAAGGACGACAAGACCAUGCCCUUCUUUGACGAAGAGGAGGAGGAGUUCCUCAAGUCUCACGGCUUGAAAGACCGGGAUGCCGACGAGGACAAAUCCAAUCCGUCGGCGCGCGACAUAUUCGGGAAGUGGGGCGACGAGCCCGCCUACCCCACCUCCUACCCGCCGAUAAAGGAGAAAAGUCGCAGGGACGAGGACGCCGAAACUUUAGACAAAAUGGUGGAGGAGAUGUACCAGAGCCGCAAGCACAGCAAGAAGGAGGAAAAGGCCAAGAAGAAGGAGAAGAAGGAGAAGGAGAAAGAGAAGAACAAAAGAAGUCCGUCCCCGGCGACCACGUCCAAAAGCAAGGAGAGACCCCUCUUUCCGGGGGCUUUCCCGACUCGUGACGAAUCGCCUGUACGUCUCGCUUCGUCCAGAGAGGAUUUUGAACAAAGGGUCUCCGAAGAAAUGCCGAGCUCCUCCAUGUCAAAGAAUCGCUUCUUGUCCAGAGAUCUGGUGAACCCCUCAAAAAAGGAUGCCGAGUAUCGUUCCAUUUUCCAGAAUAUUCAGUCGGCUCAACUUCGCAGCAGCCCCGCCGAGCUUUUCGCUCAGCAUAUCGUGUCCAUUGUGCACUACAUCAAAGCUCAGCACUUCCCCUCCUCAGACAUGUCUUUAAGUGAACGCUUCGCCAUGUACCAAAGAAAGGCCGCAGAGGCAGAAAUGAAGCCACGGAAAAGCCCAGAAAUCCACAGGAGAAUUGAUGUUUCCCCCAGUGCCUUUAAGAGGCACUCUCACCUGUUUGAGGAUAUGGAGGAGGCCAGCUUCAAGGAGUCAAGCAAAAAGUUCAAAGGGGACACCAUGGACCUUCGCCUGGACAUUGAAAGGCGCAAGAGGUUUGCCGGGAAGGAGUACCGGCGUGAGGCGGGCAGGAGCCCCGGAGGUUCUCAAGAGAGGUCCUCUGAGAAAUCCGGGAAACACCACAAGAAAUCCAAGAAAGGGAAGAAGAAGCGCGACCGCUCACCGUCAUCCUCUUCCUCAUCUUCCUCGCCGUCCCCGUUCCCCUCCGCGCCGCAGCAGCAAUUCCGCAGCAAGGAGUUCAACAUGGGAGACGGCCCGGACAAUUUCGAGGAGGGAUUCUCUCACUCGCGGUACCCUCAACGUGAGUAUGGAGGCCACGGGGAUCGAGCCCACCCGCGGGAAUUUGAGGGUCAGCAUAUGGAAAGAGGACGAGGGCGCGGAUUUUUCCCAAGGAUGAGAGGGCGAGGAUGGAACAGGGGCAAUUAUCCUGGCAACAACAACAACAACAGUAAUGGCAACCCUGCCAACAUGAAUCCUCAAGUGCGCCCUCCAGAGGAAGAGUGGGAUCCUGAGUACACGCCCAAGAGCAGGAAGUACUACUUGCACGACGACCGCGACGGGGAGAAAAACUGGGUGGAUAACCGCGGGCGCGGCCGGGGGUCCUUCAUGCCCCGGCGCGGCCGCUUCGUCUAUCGCAAGGGGGGCAGCAGCCCCAAGUGGGCCCACGACAUGUUCCAGAACGCCGAAAACCCUGAAAUGGGAGACGACAGCAUGGAGGCGGAGCCUAAAGACGGCAAAAACGCCGACGACGGCCUCAAAUCCUAA